UAGCAAAUAUUUUGUGAAUGAUUUCGAGUCUCAUUUUUUGUUGGUGGUGUUGUUGUUUUUAGAGACAAUUUCGCAGUUUGUUUGUAUGUUUAUAGAGGAAUAAGAAAGAAAGAGAAUUUAUUAGGAGGCGGCACAUCACAUGAUAUUAUUCGAUGGUGCGGCGACCAUUCGGCUGCCAGUGCGCCCGCUCACAGUCACUGUAUUACCCCGCGCCUCACAUUUCCCAUGCGCAUACACUCUAAUGGCUACUUCACUCCCACUCGGUUACUUCACUUCCUCAAAUCUACCAUACCACCCCAUGUUGAAGAAAACUUAUUCAUUAUCGGUACCCAAUUUCUCUGGGAAACACACCCAGCUUCACUCCUUCAAGGAAAUUUGUGAGCAAGGAAGCCUCCACGAAGCUCUUCAAUCACUUGCCAGUUUGUUCGCAGACCAAACUUCACAAGGCCAGUUUUGUCUUGACGAGACUUAUUCAGCCGUUCUCCAACUUUGUGCCAGCAAGAAAGCUCUAUUUCAAGGCCAACAAGUUCAUGCCCAUAUGACAAAAUCUUGUGCUGUGUCUGAUUCUGUGUUCCUGGGCACUAAGCUUUUGUUUAUGUAUGGAAAGUGCGGUUCUAUUGUUAAUGCCCAGAAGAUGUUUGAUAGAAUGCGUGAAAGAUCGAUUUUUACGUGGAAUGCAAUGAUUGGGGCCUCCGUUUCAAAUGGCGAGUCUUUAAGAGCGAUUGAGCUCUAUAGAGAGAUGCGGGUUUCGGGAGCUUCUCCUGAUUCGUGCACUUUUCCGUGUAUACUAAAAGCGUGUGGCACUCUUAACGAUCUUCGAUACGGCACUGAAAUUCAUGGUCUGGCUAUCAAAACUGGGUGCGAUUCUGUGUCGUUUGUUGUGAAUGCAUUAGUUUCUAUGUAUGCAAAGUGCAAUAAUCUUAACGGGGCAAGGAAGUUAUUUGGCAAUAUAACUAUAAAAGACGAUAUUGUGUCCUGGAAUUCAAUUAUUUAUGCGUAUUCUGCCAAGGGAAAAGCUCUCGAGGCUUUGGAGCUUUUUAGAGAAAUGCAGAAGUUGAAUGUUUCAACGAAUUCGUAUACUUUGGUCUCUGCUCUUCAAGCCUGCGAAGAUUCAGUUUUUGAGAAGUUGGGCAUGGAGAUACAUGCUGCAAUAUUGAAAUCGAGUCUCUAUCUUGAUAUUUAUGUGGUGAAUGCUUUGCUUGCCAUGUAUGUCAGAUUUGGUAAAAUGGUUGAGGCCAUGAGAGUUUUUAACAACCUGGAGCGCAAGGAUAUUUUCUCUUACAACACUAUGCUGUCUGGUUAUGUCCAAAACGGUCUUUACAAUGAAGCAUUAAAGCUGUUCCAUUAUAUGCAGGGUAAUGGUGAAAAACCUGGCCACGUUUCAAUUGUAAAUGUCAUUGCGGCAUGUGGUCGAUUAGGAAAUGCAUUGUAUGGAAAGGAAGCUCAUGCUUAUGCAAUAAAAGAGGGAUUGGAUUCUAAUUUACAGAUUGGAAACACACUAGUAGAUAUGUAUGCGAAGUGUUGCUGUUUGAAUUUCAUGGGCCGUGCUUUUGAUAGGAUGGCCGUCAAGGAUUUCAUUUCAUGGACAACGAUCAUUGCUGGUUAUGCUCAGAACAAUUUUCAUGUGAGGGCCUUAGAAUUGAGUAAGAAGGCACAAAUGGAAGGAGUGGUCAUUGAUUCAAUGAUGAUUGAAAGUAUUUUGCUGGCAUGUAAAGGGUUGAAAAGUAUUUGCUUGGUAAAAGAAACUCAUGGUUAUAUUAUGAGAAGAGGAUUAUAUGAUCAAGUGCUUCAAAAUGCAAUUGUCAAUGUCUAUGGAGAGUGUGGCUACAUAGAGCACGCAUAUAGAAUGUUUGAACUGAUAGAAUCUAAAGAUAUUGUAUCUUGGACAAGCAUGCUAUCUUGUUAUGUUCAUAAUGGGCUUGCAAACGAGGCAUUUGAACUUUUAGAGUUGAUGAAAGGAGGCAAUGUGGAACUUGAUACGAUAGCACUAGUGAGCAUACUUUCAGCAGCCACUAGUUUGUCUGCCUUAAAUAAAGGAAAGGAAAUCCAUGGCUUCUUUAUUAGAAAGGGUUUUUUCCCAGAGGCACCUGUUGCUCGCUCAUUAGUAGAGAUGUAUGCCAGCUGUGGGAAUUUGGAGUAUGCAAUUAAGGUGUAUGACAGCGUUCUAAUUAAAGAUUUAGUCCUAUGGACUACCAUGAUUAAUGCAUAUGGAAUGUAUGGUCAUGGCAAGAAAGCCAUCGAUUUAUUUAGGAAGAUGGAAGACGAAGGAUUAGUUCCCGAUCAUAUUACCUUUCUGGCACUUCUAUACGCAUGCAGUCAUUCGGGCUUGAUCGAAGAAGGCCAAAAAUAUUUUGAUUCUAUGAGAAGGGAUUAUCAAUUAAAGCCAUGGCCAGAGCAUAAUGCUUGCUUUGUUGAUAUUCUUGGUCGUGCCAACCGCUUGGAAGAGGCAUACCAGUUUGUAAAUAGCAUUGAAGGUGAACCUACUGCUGAGGUGUGGUGUGCUCUCCUUGGGGCUUGCAGGGUUUACUCUAACAAAGAAUUAGGAGAAAUUGCAGCCAGGAACCUCUUAGAAUUGGACCCUCAGAACCCAGGAAAAUAUGUGCUGAUAUCUAAUGUUCUUGCUGCCAAUGGAAAGUGGAAAGAUGUUCAAGAAGUGAGAAUGAAAAUGAAGGGAAGUGGGUUGAAGAAAAAUCCUGGAUGUAGUUGGAUUGAAGUUAAAAACAAGGUCCAUACUUUUAGUGCCAGAGAUAAAUCACAUCCCGAGUCUCUUAAGAUAUACCAAAAAUUAGAUCAAGUUACCAAGACUUUGCAAAGGGAAGCAGGUUAUGUGGCUCAAACCAAGUUGGUUUUGCACAAUGUAGAGGAAGAAGAGAAAGUUGAGAUACUUCAUGGACAUAGUGAAAGACUAGCUAUUUCAUAUGGUUUAAUUGGUACUCCCAAUGGAGCUCCAAUUCGAAUAUCAAAGAACCUUCGUAUCUGUAGUGAUUGUCAUACUUUCAGCAAAUUAGUAUCAAAAUUCUUUGAGCGAGAACUUGUUGUGAGGGAUGCCAAUAGGUUUCAUCAUUUUAGGAAUGGACUCUGUUCUUGUGAUGAUUUUUGGUGACUGACAGGUCAAUAAAAGAGAUAAGACAUGUUUAACUA